AGCUGCUAAUACACCAGAAAGAAGAACUUGUCUUAAGACAUUGUAUGUGAAGAUGAUGUCUGCAAAAGAUAUGACUAAAGUAAUGAUUGUCAUGUUUGCAAUAUCUUUUCUUACAAAAUCGGAUGGAAAACCUAUUAAGAAGAGAUCUGUGAGUGAAAUAGAGCUUAUGCACAACCUGCGCAAACAUCUGAACUCAAUGGAGAGGUUGGAAUGGCUGCGUAAGAAGCUGCAGGAUGUGCACAAUUUUAUUCCCAUUGGAGCUCUUCUACCUGCCAGAGAAGGUGGUUCCCAGAGGCCCCGAAAAAAGGAGGACAAUAUCUUGGUUGACAGCCGUCAAAAAAGUCUUGGAGAGGCAGACAAAGCUGAUGUGAAUGUAUUAAUUAAAGCUAAAUCCCAAUGAAGACAGAUAUGGUCAGAGUACUGCUCUAGACAGCAUAGGGCAAUGAUAUUACAUGCUGCUAAUUUUUCUAAGCUCUGUUAAGAUUACCAAGUGCCAAUAGUUCUAAUAUUACCAGACUUUACAUGUAAUUCAUUGCUAGCCAUGAUUGCUGCAAUUUUAACUGAUUAUUUUGAUUCCAAUUUCAUUCAUUGAAGAUAUCUUUUAGUUAUUCAUUUUCUAUUGUUUAUUCUUUUUAAAGUAUGUUAUUGCAUAAUUCAUAAAAGAUUAAAAUCAAACUUUUUAAUCUCUCCCUCACCUUAUAAUGCAAAAUAAAAAUUUAAUGGUUAUGAUUCUAAAUAAAUAAAGUACUCAUAUUUCUCACU